AUGAUGGAUGCUCGGAAGAAGAAGAGAAAGGUGCUGUUGAUGGGCAAAAGUGGAUCGGGGAAGUCGUCCAUGCGCUCAAUCAUCUUCAGCAACUAUGUCGCCAAGGAUGUACGGCGCCUCGGCGCUACAAUUGAUGUGGAACACAGCCAUGUCAAGUUCAUGGGAAACCUCACAUUGAAUCUGUGGGAUUGUGGAGGACAAGAUGCAUUCAUGGAAACGUACCUCGCUUCCCAAAGAGGUAACAUCUUCUCAGACGUCGCAGUCUUAAUCUACGUCUUCGACAUUGAAUCCCGCGAGGUCGACCGUGACCUCGACACAUACCACGCGAUCAUCGAAGCACUCCGUGAAUUCAGUCCAAACGCCUACGUCUUCUGUCUCGUCCACAAGAUGGAUCUCAUCCAAGCAGAGCACCGCCAACGCAUCUACGAAGAACGCUCCGCCGUCAUCCGCAGCCGCUCGGCCGGUUUCUACGUCGACACCUUCGCCUCCAGCAUCUGGGAUCAAUCGCUGUACAAGGCCUGGGCCGGCAUCGUCCACAAGCUCAUCCCAAACCUGGUCGUCAUUGAACGCUUCCUCACAGCGUUCGCAAAGAAGAUCAACGCAGAGGAAGUCAUUCUCUUUGAGCGCUCGACUUUCCUCACAGUCACCUCCGUGACUUCCGAAGUCGGCGAAUUAAACCCCAUCUACGAUCGCCAUGAACGUCUCUCCAAUAUCAUGAAGGCCUUCAAGCACUGCGCUGCCAGAAAUACCCUCACCACACCUGCCUCUGCUGGCUUCGUGGUCAUGCAUACCAAAACUCCGCAAUUCAAUAUCUUCCUCGGUCGCUUCACAGAUAACACUUAUAUCUUCCUUGUCGUGCCCCCAGGCGAAGCAUCCUACAACUGCGCCGUGUUGAACACCAUGCUCGCCCGCGAAGGCUUCUCCAAAGCAGCAGCGGGUGGAGGCGGCGACGGCUUCCCUCUUCCCCCGCCGGAGUCAUUGGACGAUUCCAACGGGAACGGUACCGCAUGA